AUAUAAGUGGGGCUGCAGUAUGGACGCCGUACUCUCAUCCUCCUAGUGUAGCAGUGCGUACCUCAGCGCAGUCAUGAAGUUCUUGGCAAUCACCAUCAUGUGCCUGGCUCUCGCCGCAGCCGAGAGCGGCAAGAAGGCGACGGAGGGCAAGAAGAGCGAGAAGCGUGGCAUCCACGACCUCGGCUACGGCUACGGCGGCUCUGAGCUGUCCUUAGGGCUCGGACACACGUACAGCUCCGGCUACGGCGACUACCUCAGCGGCCACGAGUACGGCCACCACGAGCCCAUCACCAAGGUCAUCACCAAGCACGUCCCCUACUCCAUCCCGCAGCCCGUGCCCGUCGAGAUCACCAAGCACGUGCCUUACAUCGUCAAGGUGCCCGUGCACGUGCCCGUCGACAGGCCCUACGAGGUGGCCGUCCCCAAGCCCUACACCGUCCACGUCGACAGGCCGUACCCCGUCACCGUCGAGAAGCCCUACCCCGUGCACAUCAAGGUCCCCGUGAAGGUGGCCGUCCCCCACCCGGUCCCCUAUGAUGUCCCCAAGCCCUACCCCGUGCACGUCGAGGUCCCCAAGCCCUACAAGGUGCCCGUGGAGGUGCCCGUCUACGUCAAGGAGCACCAUCACGAGCAUUACCCCAGCCUGGACCUGGGCUACCACGGCAGCUCGCACUACAGCAGCGGCCACUACGACCACUACUAGUGAGUGGGCGAGCGAGUGGGAGAAUACCAACAGUGUGAUAAUGCAGUGUGUGCGUGUGUGUAUGUGUGAGUGUCUGUGUGUGGGUUGCAUACGAGUAAAUGUUACCAUGAGUCAUAAAAAUCAUCCUUGUUCUUCACGUUCAACGCAUUAUAUUGUGUGACUGUGUUUGUACAUUUUGUAAUAAUAAACCGACUGUCCUUACAAUAAGUACAAAAAAACAAAA